AUGAGGUUCAUGUUGAUCUUGAGUUUGAUUGCUACUGCCCUUGGAAUUGCUCCUGUCCGCUUUGACGGGGAGAAGGUGUUCCGUGUGAAGCCCCACGAUGAAAAACAAGCAAAGGUCAUAAAGGAUUUGGCCAAAACCCAUGAGCUUGACUUCUGGUAUCCAGAUGCCAUACACCAUGUAGCCGCUAACAUGACGGUGGAUUUCCGAGUUAGUGAGAAAGAAUCCCAGUCUCUACGGUCUGCCUUGGAUCAAAAUACAAUGCACUACGAAAUCCUCAUACAUGAUCUACAAGAAGAGAUUGAGAAACAGUUUGAUGUUGAAGAAGAGAUCUCUGGAAGGCACAGUUAUGCGAAAUACAAUAACUGGAACAAGAUUGUAGCUUGGACUGAAAAAAUGGUGUCCAAGCAUCCUGAAAUGGUCUCUCGUAUCAAAAUCGGGUCAACUGUUGAAGAUAAUCCACUCUACAUUCUCAAGAUUGGAAAAGAUGAAAGAAGAAAGGCUAUUUUUAUGGACUGCGGCAUUCAUGCACGAGAAUGGAUCUCCCCAGCAUUCUGCCAGUGGUUUGUCUAUCAGGCAACAAAAAGUUAUGGAAAAAACAAAAUUAUGACCAAACUUUUGGACCGAAUGAAUUUUUAUGUUCUUCCUGUGUUCAAUGUUGAUGGAUAUAUUUGGUCAUGGACACAGAACCGAAUGUGGAGAAAAAAUCGUUCCAGAAACCCAAAUUCCAGGUGUAUCGGCACUGACCUCAACAGGAAUUUUGAUGUCUCAUGGAACUCGUCUCUAAACGAUAAUAAUCCGUGCAGUAACAUCUAUGGGGGCUCUGCCCCAGAAUCUGAGAAAGAAACAAGAGCUGUCACCUGUUUCAUUCGAAGCCACCUGAAAUCCAUCAAAGCCUACAUCACCUUCCAUUCCUACUCCCAGAAGCUCCUGUUUCCCUACGGUUAUACAACAAAACUGCCGCCCAACCACAAGGACCUGAACAAAGUUGCAAAGAUUGGCACUGACGUUGUAUCAACUCGGUAUGAAACCAGCUAUAUUUAUGGUCCAACAGCAUCAAUAAUUGAUCCAGCAGCAGGGUCUUCUUUAGACUGGGCUUAUGACCUGGGCAUCAAACACACGUUUGCCUUUGAGCUCCGUGAUAAAGGCAAAUUUGGUUUCCUCCUUCCGGAAUCACUGAUAAAGCCAACCUGCAAAGAGACCAUGCUAGCUGUCAAAUUUAUUGCCAAGUACAUCCUCAAGUAUACUACCUAAAGGAUCACCCUCCAUUUAGAAUACACCAGUCCUUUUA